GAACGUACCCCGAGAUCUCACUUAAGUUUGAAUAUUGAAUAGUAGCUAUAAGGAGCUCAUCACCAAUAUGUCUACAACGUCCCCGAACCUGUCUCCUCCCCCCGAGGAGCCACUCCGACCUGCCCCUCUCGCAUGCACAAAUUGCCGCAAAAAACAUCAGAGGUGUGAUGGGAGACAGCCGACCUGUGCUCGCUGCGCUGGGAAAAGUUUACAAUGCAGCUAUAUGCCAUCUCGGCGCGGCUACAGAGGUUGUUCAAGUCGCGAUCCAGAACCAGACCCGGCCCAAGGACUGGCUCUUGGCACAAGACGGUCAGAUCGACUUGCUGAAAAUUCUACUCCACGAUCCGGGGAGACUGUCACGAGUUUCCUACCGCAGAUACCUGGUGAGUAUUUGGACAUUUCAGACAGCAGCUGCCAUGAGACGAGAACAAGAAUUUUGGAGAGCCAAACCAGUAGCGAUGGCACCCUCCAAAUACCUACCCUGUCCUCCGUUUCGGGCCAUUCAACAUUCAUAACACCAUCAAUCGAUGCAAAUCAGUGUGUCGAUCUGUUCUACACAUAUUUUCAUCCUGCUCAUCCAAUUCUAAUUCCAAAACCAUUUUACUUCAAUCGGGGCUAUCCGAAUUAUCUUCAGCAAGUGGUCUAUUUUAUUGGAAGUCAUUACUCUUCCUCACUAUCAAGCAGUCGACUUCGCACCAUCGCCGCUGACGAAGUUGCCGAUAAUACACAAAAGACAACUUCUAUGGUGCAAGCUCGUUUGCUAUUUGCAAUCGCGCUGCAUGGCCGGAAUGAGAUCAAGGAGGCUCAAGCAAUGCUCGCCCAAGCCGUUAGUCUUGCUUUGGAAAUAGGCAUGAAUCAGAGAGAAUUUGCAGCCGCGCAUGGUGGACAACAGACCAUCGAGGAAGAAAGCCUACGCCGUACAUGGUGGGAGCUCUACGUCGUCAACAGCAUCAUGGCUGCCUUUUGGAGGAAGUCUGAGUUCAACGUUCAUAGCUUCGCGUCAGAUGUGCUCCUACCUUGCGAAGAGGCCGUUUUUGCAGAUGCAGCCUGCAUGCCAGACCCCCCGUCAGUAGCACAAUACGACAAUCGAUUAUUUGCGGACGACGAGUUUCAAUUCUCUUCAUUUUGCUAUAGGAUUGACGCCGCGCGUAUUCUUACAAGAGUUCUAGCCCUGACUGGAAAUUACGAUGUCCAUCACGACCAAGUACAAGCUGUUGAUAAUGCUCUUGCUGGCUGGGCCCAUCAUCUUCCACCUGGCAAAGCCGACAUUAUCGACAAGUUCGGCGAGGUUGAUGAAAUUCUAUUCCAGGCGCAUAUGAUCAUCCAAUACGCAAGUCUUUUCUUGCACUUUCCACGGAGCAAUUUACUUUCAACGCCUGCAGCAACAGCCGACAUUGCAGGCGGCCAAAGAGACCUCCAUGUAUCGCCCUCCUCUACCCAACACGUGCAUGCUAUAAAGGCAACCGAAGCCUCGAAACAGCUUUCGAAUCUCGCCGCGUUACGAUUGCCGGUGCAAAAUCACAGCCCAUUUUUCAUCUGUGGACUGGUUCUAGGCGCAGUCGUACAGCUGUCAGCAUGCUCUGUCCAUUCUGGAAACUGCAUGGGACAACAUCGAGAUCGAGUGGCACUGAUCAUCGGCGUCUUAAAGUCGUUGAGUCAAACCUGGGCAUUCUCACAGCUCGUUCUCCAACAAAUCAAGAAGGUUGCUAUUGAAGUUUUCCACAUCCAAGAAAUGAGGACGAAUGGACCCUCGCAAGUAAAUACUCACGAUAGCGGCAUCGAUAUGACUAUAGGCGAAGAUCAAAGUUGGCUCGACAAUCUCGACAUUCAGACAUUGCAGAAGAUGAUGCCAUUCAAUAUGGAUAUGGUCUACAAUGAAUCUGAAUGAUCGUACAACCAGGGUAUCUGUUCGCAAUCAAGGGAGUAGGCUAGCGGAAUGCAUGUAUUAUUGACUAUGUAGAAUUUGCUAUAGUGAUCCCAAUCUAAAUCCAGCAGCGAAAGAUAUUAUACAUGCACGUAAGAUGCACGCGUCAUAUCUUUCCAACAGUAUCCAAUAAUCCAGACUAUAAUUCA